CCCGGGGCUGCGCUCGCUCUUUCUCGCUGCCAUCUUGGGUCGGUGCUGUUGAGGCCUGCUGGAGACAGGACUUCAAGGCAACACCAUGACUGGCAGGUUGUGGUCCAAAGCCACUUUUGCUGGCUUCAAGCGAGGCCUCCGAAACCAAAGAGAGCACACAGCUCUUCUGAAGAUUGAGGGGGUUUAUUCCCGCAACGAGACAGAAUUCUACUUAGGGAAGAAAUGUGCCUAUGUGUACAAAGCAAAAAACAACACGGUGACUCCUGGCGGCAAACCCAACAGGACCAGAGUCAUCUGGGGGAAAGUGACGCGCGCCCACGGAAACAGCGGCAUGGUGCGAGCAAAGUUCCGCUCCAACCUCCCGGGCAAAGCCAUUGGACACAGGAUCCGAGUGAUGCUGUAUCCAUCUAGAGUCUAAAACUGGACUGAAAAUAAAAUUCAGACAAAAUAAAUAAAU